GGGCCUCACCAGCCCCACCUCCGAGCGGAGCGGGACGGAGCGGAGCGGAGGCGCUGCCAUGGUGGAGGCGGCGGUGCUAUGUCGGGUGCAGUACCUGGAGGACGCGGAUCCCUUCGGCUGCGGCAGCUUCCCGGAGCCGCGGCGAGCCCCGGUUUACGCCGUGGCGGAGGCGCUGGCUCUGGGGGCGCAGCUGCCCGCCCUGCACCGCCUGCUCGGGGCCCCGCUGCCGCUGGAGGAUUGCACGCUGCAGGUCUCACCCUCCGGACACUACCUGGACCUUGACUUGUCCCUGCUGGAGCAGAAGGACGAUCUGGAGGGUUUCUACGAGGAGGUCAGGAAGGGGAGACGGCCGACUCUGAUCCUGCGCACACAGCUCUCUGUCCGAGUCCAUGCUAUCAUUGAGAAGCUGUACAACUCACAGGGGCCAGAGCUGCGGCGAUCCCUCUUCUCCCUCAAGCAGCUCUUUCAGGAGGACAAGGACCUGGUGCCAGAGUUUGUGAACCUGGAAGGGUUGACGUGCCUGAUCAAAGUGGGGGCAGAGGCUGACCAGAACUACCAGAAUUACAUCCUUCGGGCCUUGAGCCAGAUCAUGCUCUUCGUGGAUGGGAUGCAGGGUGUCAUCAACCACAACGAGACUGUCCAGUGGCUGUACACGCUGUCGGGAAGCCCAUUUCGCCUGGUGGUGAAGAUGGCGCUUAAGCUGCUGCUGGUGUUUGUGGAAUACACGGAGCCCAAUGCCCUGCUCCUCAUCCAUGCCAUCAAUGCCGUGGACCAGGCGAGAGGCACGUGCCCAUGGUCCAACCUGAUGGCCAUCCUGGAGCAACGCAACGGAGCUGACACGGAACUGCUGGUGUUUGCCAUGACGCUGAUCAACAAGACGCUGGCAGCCCUCCCAGACCAGGACACCUUCUACGACGUGACGGACUGCCUGGAGCAGCAGGGCAUGGAGCGGGUGGUGCAGCAGUACCUGGGCAGCAAGGGCACUGACCUCGACUUGAAGCAGCAGUUCAUGCUCUAUGAAAGUUCUCUCAAGCUGGAGGAUGAUGUGGAAGAGCUGCCCUCGGGGGGACGCAAGGAGCGGAGGAGGACAGAUGAGGGCCGGCGUGGGUGGCGAUCCCAGGGUGGCUGCCUGGAGCCCAGCCUUGAUGCUCAGCCACUGCUGGAGUCUUCUGGCACCCCAAAGAAGCAGCCCCCCAGCAAGGAUACCCUGGCUGUCCCCACACCGAGCAGCCUGGCAGGACCCUGUUCCAGCAGCAUCUACAACAGUGCAUCCAGCGUGCGGCUGGCCCUGGGCUCCCCCUCAGCUAAGAAGGAGCAGCUCCUAGGCCCAGGCGAGCGCAGUGUCUACAAGCUGCACCAAACUGCUCCUGUCUGGCAGGAGGAUGCCCCCUCCUUGCAUGGGGACAAGCCUAUUUUGAGGAAGUUUGAAGCUCGCUUCUUGGAGAACCUGGCUGCAGCCCAGAAGGAGAAGAUAUCUUCCAUGGCGAAAGGACGGCUUGAUGUCCUCGGGGAUGCUGCGCUGGAGCAUCCCACUGCUCUCACAUGGGACAGGGACAGUGGCACCCCUGAGCCUGGGAUGGAGCUACCCAGCAUAAGGUCUCGCCUGGCUCAGCUGGACACCACUGACUCCUGCAGCACCAUCUCCUCUGACACCAAGUUUAUGCUGGACAUGCUCUACGCCAAGGGCUCCUCAGAGCCAGGGAGGGAGAAGGUCUUCCCAGAGGUCCUGUCAUCCCCCCUGGUCCAGGGUGAGGUGGAGAUGAAUGCUGAGGGAGGUGGUGGCCAGGAGCAGGAGAGCACCUGGCUCCAUGGCAGGGCUCCAGACAGGCCAGUGGCCAGUGCCCACACAAAGCUGGCGUGUGCUAUGUCCAGUGUAGAUGCUGAGACCCACACACAGAAGCUGGAGGGUACCGGGAUGAUGCCCAUCAAGAAGGACGUGGAGCUGACAUGGGAGCGUCUGGAGGCCAGCCCCAUGCAACUGAAGAUCAAGGACCUGGACUUUACUGAUCUGGGCGAAGAAGAUGACUUUGACAUCCUGGACACGGGGCCCAUGGCCAAUGGCUCCUUCCUCCCUCCCAGCAUCGAAGCGAAGAAUGCUGGAGCUCUUAUGGUUCCCCCUCCACCUCCUGCCAUCCCUGGCGGCCCUCCACCUCCACCUCCUGCCAUCCCUGGCGGCCCUCCACCUCCACCUCCUGCCAUCCCUGGCGACCCUCCACCUCCACCUCCUGGCAUCCCUGGCGACCCUCCACCUCCACCUCCUGCCAUCCCUGGCUGCCCACCACCUCCACCUCCACCUCCUGCCAUUCCCGGCUGCCCGCCCCCACCAGGGCUGCCAGGCCUCUCAGCAAUGGAUGGCCCCUCCCAGGCCAAGAAGAAGAGGACAGUAAAGCUCUUCUGGAAGGAGCUGAAGCAGCUGAAUCUCACUGUGGGGGCGGGCAGGUUUGGCCAGGCGACGCUGUGGGAGUCCCUGCAAAACGUUGAGGUCAAUUCUGCCAAACUGGAGCAUCUCUUUGAGUCACGGUCAAAGGAAGUGCCAACUUCGAAGAAGGCCAUUGAUGGGAAGAAGGUGGUGAUCGUGCUGGACCCCAAGAGGAGCAAUGCAAUCAACAUUGGUCUCACAGUGCUGCCACCUGUCCACAUCAUCAAGACGGCCGUGCUCAACUUCGACGAGUUUGCAGUCAAUAAGGAAGGGAUUGAGAAAAUCCUGACCAUGGUCCCAACCGAGGAGGAGAAGCAGAAGAUCCAGGAGGCCCAGCUGGCCAACCCUGAUGUGCCCUUGGGCUCUGCAGAGCAGUUCCUGCUUGCCCUGUCUUCCAUCAGUGACCUCACGGCCAGGCUCCAGCUCUGGGCCUUCAAGCUGGACUACGAGAGCCUGGAGCAGGAGAUUGCAGAGCCUCUCUUUGAUCUGAAGGUGGGAAUGGAGCAGCUGGCCAGAAACCACACCUUCAAGUGCAUCCUGGCCACGCUGCUGGCCAUGGGCAACUUCUUGAACGGCUCCCAGAGCAGAGGCUUUGAGCUGGGCUACCUGGAGAAGGUCUCGGAAGUGAAGGACACGGUGCACCGGCAGUCCCUGCUCCACCAUCUUUGCCAGAUGGUGGUAGAGAAGUUCCCAGAAACCACUGACCUCUACUCAGAGAUUGCCUCCAUCACCCGCUCCGCCAAGGUUGACUUUGAUGAGCUGGCCAACAGCCUGGUGCAGCUGGAGCGGAGGUGCAGGGCCUCCUGGGACAACCUGAAAGUGAUUGCCAAGCACGAGACCAAGCCAGUGCUGAAGAGCAAGCUGACGGACUUCCUCAAGGACAGCACCCAGCGCAUUGUCGUCCUGAAGGUGGUGCACAGGCGCGUCCUCAACAGGUUUCACUCCUUCCUGCUGUACCUGGGGUACCCGGCAAGCGCGGCACGGGACGUGAAGGUGACGCCUAUCUGCAAGCUGCUGCGGGAGUUUGCCCUGGAGUACCGCACCUGCCGGGAGCGCGUCCUUCAGCAGCAGAAGAAACGGGCUGCCCACCGCGAGCGCAACAAGACCCGAGGGCGACUCAUCACUGAGACCGAGAAGUUCUCUGGCAUCACCGAGGCUACUUCGCCACCUGCCGUGGUGUCCAGUGGCCCCGAGGAGCAGAUGGAAGCAGGUCACGAAAGCAUGAAAAGCCUGCUGACCUCCCCCAUGGACACCCCUGCCCGCCGCAGCCGGGGCAGCCGGGGGACAGGGCACACCACCCCGGCCCAGGGCUCUCCAGCCCAGGAGGACGUUGCCAGCUCCCCAGACGAUGCUUCGGAUGAAAUCAUGGACCGGCUGGUGAAAUCAGUGACUCACAAUGCGAACCCCCGGCCAUGCGCGAACAAGGAGCGCAGGAGGUCCCGUGGUAAUAGGAAGUCCUUGAGGCGGACGCUGAAGAGUGGGCUCAGCGAUGAACUGGUGCAGGCACUGGGCCUGGGGCAGGCACCUGGCAUGGACGUUUGAGGGGCCUGAGGGGGCUUGUGCUGCUCCCCACUGCUGGCAGCCCCAGGGCAGGAAGUGGGGCAGCCCCUGACGCUCCAGGACUGGCAUGCUCUGCACCCUUGGUUUCGCCUUGCUUUUCCCUGCUGGCCUCCAGCUUCUGAAGGUGCAGGCACAGGAUGGAAGUGAUGCCGCGGAGCUGGUGGCCGGGAUGGAGGAUGCUCAGCACCCGUGCAUGGAUGUGGAGGCUCAGGGUUCAUCUUCUCAACAGUAUUAGAGGGUUCUAGAGGCUGGACCCAGACGCCCUUGGAGAACUGGGUCUGGCCCUUGGCUGAUGUGGUAAUAUAGUGAACUGACUUCC